GGGAGAGAUUGGCAACAGGUUUUACUUCACUAGCCAACAUACAGUACUUCAACCAACAAUCUGCACUCCCAUGGAUACAUUCAGACUUUAGUCGACAGCAUUUUAUUCAAGGGGAUUUGUUUUGGGAAGAACAAUAAUGAUGAUUAAGACCAUUGUUGAGCAUGCGAAGAAACAUCCAGGGUUAAUCCCUCAGUUCUUCUUCACGACUCUGGGCAUCACAGGGGCCACGCUCUAUCUGAUCCGCCUGGCGAGAGGGCCUCAUGUCACCCUCUGGGACAAGAAGAACAACCCCGAGCCCUGGAACAAGCUUGACCCAACCUACCAGUACAAGCUAGUGGCCAUCAACACAGACUACAAGAACUUGAAGAAAGAGGGGCCCGACUUCUAAAGGUCCUCCGGGCAACUCCGGGGGCACCGGGUUUGGCAGGACCUCCAGCUGUCACCUCGCUGAUGUGAAGCGUCGCCCCGUAUACGUCCUCGGCCUCACCUCAUGAUCUGCUGCUGCAGCUCUGAAUUAACAGUGUACGAUUAAAGAUCACAGGGAAGAGACGGCUGGCCCUUUAAAGCACGAUCAUGUUACUUAAUAAACCAGCAUCUGAAUUAAUUUGGUCUGACAGA